AUGUCGCAAGAGAAACCAGUUAAGAAGUUAUCGCGUCACGCCCGUUAUAAUAAAAAACGUAGGUUUGAAAAAGAAAAAAAUUCGACCUUACCAGCAGAUAACAUUAAGCUCACUCUAACAACGACAAACAUUAUCUUCAACCCGAACAAA